ACAGCCUAUGUUGCCAUUUUUACACUCACUUUAAGUUCUGAUUUCCUCUCCUUUUUAGGAAAAACGUAACUUCCAAUAAAAGUUUUAAAGGGAAAGUUCAUUCACUUUGGUCAUGAAGGGUUCGGCUUUGUGGGUUAUUGUGGAAUGUGCCUGCAGAGGUUUUGGCAUCUCGACUGCUGCAGUGCUUUGUGCAGUGGGCAUAGAGACACUGAGACAGGGGGAGUUCCAUAGCUUGGCCGUCUAUCUCCUGAUUUCUUCAGUGUUAAUAAUGCUGUGUGAAGUUGCAUUUUUCAUUGAUGCUCUGCUGGCAAUGUGCCUCUCUUGUUCACCCACAAAGAGGUUCUUCAUCGUUUGGAAGAAGCUGGCCAAAGUUGGAGGGUUCCAGAAAUUUCUAUAUUACACAAUGAUGUCCGUAAUGUGUUUCCUGCAUCCAGUGCUUGCAUGGCAAGCCGUAAUACCAGGAAUAAUGCUGCUAGUGACCGGAUUCUUGAACUUUAUACUAAGCAAAAAGAAAAAAUCUGAGCCACCUAAAGAGUCCAGUGCAUUCAAUGACCCAACUCAAUCUUCUGUCAGUUUCACAGACACGGGAGACACUGAACACUUCCACAUCAUCUCAGGCAAAAGAUCAUCUGUUUUUCUCAACAAUAGCCGAUCACAUGGUCUCACAGACAGCACUCGGUCUAUGCUUGAGGAGGAUCAGUCAGUAAAGAAAGCCCACCACAAAAAAACAAACACAAACAUGAGAAAUGUACACUUUAUAGAGAGUAUCAGGGAGGAUGAUUCUGAGAUGGAGAAACUGGAGGAAACCACGUCAGAAAAAGCACCAAUACUAAGACUGUAAAGGUGUGAUCAUAAAUGUGAAAGAUGUCCAGUAAAUAAAAUACCAUGUCAAAAUCCGAUUCAUUGUUUUGCAUGUGCAUUUAUUCUUUCUUUGAUUUUUUUAAAUUAUUAUAGUAAGAGUAAUAAUAGUUAGCAAAUGGUUUGAUUUAUCAAUAAAAUUUUAU